AAGUGAAACUGAAAGUUAGACCUGCAUGUAUAAAUAUACCCUCUGACGAGAGCUGCCAUCACAUCACGCCUGCACAUACUUCAGGAACACAAGACAGUAAAUGUAGUUCUGUGAUUCUUAGCAUUACUCUGUUUACACGACACAAGAUUGCAAAUGGGAGGAAGUGGAUCAAAACCAACUGAAGAACUGGACAAACCAUGGAGGACAUUUGACUGGGGACAGAAGGAAGCACUGAAAAGACGUCUAGAAAAUUUUACUCUGAGUAAUCCAGAUGUGACAAACAUGAAGAUCCUGGUGGCUGGACAAAUUGGAGCAGGGAAGUCCAGCUUUAUUAACUCUGUCCUUAGUGCCUUUCAAGGAGAAAUAGUUAAUGAAGCAAUAGCUGAAGAUUUGGGAUCAGCUGACAGUCACAGUUUCACAAAAAGACUGAGAGCAUACCGCAUCAGAAGUGCACAUGCAGAUUUGCCUUUUGAAUUAUGUGACAUAAAAGGUUUAGAACCUGAAAAUAUAUCUGAGUGUCAAAUAGAUGACAUUGUCAACAGCAUAUAUGGCCAUGUGAAGGAGGGAUAUAAAUUCGAGGAGGAACCCCUCACUAGUGAUGAUGAACAUUACAAUCAAAACCCUUCACUGUCUGAUCAAGCAUUCUGCCUAGUUUACAUCAUAGAUGCAAGUACAGUCCAACUAGCUGCAGAAGAUAAGAUAAUUACAGAGAAAUUGAGGCUCAUUCGCCAAAAAAUCAGUGAUAAAGGGAUUCCUCAAGUGAUUGUCAUGUCUAAAGUGGAUGAGGCAAGUUAUCUGGUCAAAAAUGAUCUAAAGAUGCUCUACAGAAGCCAGAUCAUCAAAGAGAGGAUGGAGUUGUGCAGUUUCAAAGUGGGUGUUCCAGUGAGCCACAUCUUCCCAGUGAAGAACUAUCAUAAUGAGAUUGACACAAACAAUGAUGUUGAUGUUUUGAUUCUCAAGGCAUUUGAUCAGAUUUUGCGUUCUGCUGAUGCAAGACUGAGGCGUGGUGCUUCCAACAUAUGAGCUUUCAAGACAAAAAUCAACAAUAAUAGCACUUAAAGUUGAAUGAAUAUUAAAUGACCAAAAGUGUAUCAUCAUCUGAAUCAAGAGGUAACAUCCAUUCUCUGAAGGUCAUGUGAUUUAUAAGCAUAUACUUUUCACCUACUGUUUUUGUAAUGUUAUGUCAUAUUCAGACAUACUACUGAUGAAAUACAGAAAAGCGGUGUCAUAUUAUUCUGAUGCCAGAAUUUGAAAUGUUAUUGGGAUUUAUACACAAUAUUCCUUUUAUAUAUAUAUGUAUAUAUCAGCAAGCACUGCACGAAGAGACAUUACUGUAGUGUAAGUACCUUUGAAAUAAGGACACAAAUAGGCCGU